AUGGUCGAUUUGAAAAACGCGUUUAUUUUCAACCACAUUAGAGCACUGCACGAACAACCGAGUUUUAAACAAGUCUAUAACCGCGGGUCAAGAAACGCCAGGAUUUUUUUGCACGAGAACGACCCUGUAAACGAUUGGGAAUAUUUCGAGAUUUUCGUCGCGAAUCCGCUGACCGUGGAUCUAUUGAAAUGGAUAUACGAUUUGUUAAUCAAACGGCCCGAUGCCGUCGAACAAUUCACCCGUAACCCUUUCUCCGACGAACCCGACGUACUAGGCGAAAUGUGUGACGUUAUCGGGAGAAAAGUCAAAUCCAGCUAUCUGAUGGCGUUGCGAAUAUUUUAUAAAUGGGCGUCAAGAGAACUGUUCAUGGUGUUGAGGUAUGCAUUGGUAUUGUAUGCGUAGAAGAGGUUUCAUACAAAAAAGACAAAAAAAAUUCAUGAUAAUAUCAAAUAUUGACAAUAUUAUUGUGCUAGUAUACAUAUUAGUAUAAGUAUACAUAUUUUAGUGUAGGUAUUACACAAAUAUGACACACUACAGGUUAGGUAGUAAUGUUAAAUAUGAGAGUGGUCAUUAUGAAUUUGUGUGUAUUGCGAAAAAUUGAAAUGUGCUACCUGCAUUUUUAUUUGAAAUUUUAAAAACGAAUCCAAUUCAACGUCAGUUUUUGUAAUCCGUAUCACCGGGGUAAACUGAAAGUCAACAAAAAAAUAAAAAAUUCAAUUUUAGUCAUUAUACGAAAAAUCCUGGGUGCGUCUCAUUAAGGGGUUAAAUUUCAAAAAUCUAAUAUCGAGGUGCACACGGAACCGUUAAUUCGCUUCUUUGUACGUAUUUUCAGGUCUCUUACUAGCGAUAGAUUCAACUGUACAUCGACAGUUUCGUAGGUUUUAGAUUCUGAGUGGAGCGAAAAAACUUGUGGUUUUAUAAAGAUGUUUUUUUUUUUCUGUGGAUAACUUUUCUACCAGAAAUGUUGCUCCGAUUUACAAGUUUAACACUUUUAUUAAAAGGAUAUCUCUCUGAAGAGGUACUUAAGGAGGUCAUUUUUCGAUUUUCCCAGCAAUUUUCUAAGCAAAUGUGAAAAACAGGGCAAAGAUAUGGGCAAACCAGAAAAAACGUUGGAAAAACGGGAAAAUAGGUACAACAUUAAACAAACAUAAUAUAACAUAUAUAUUGUAGAUAAAGCUACACUAUCAAUUGAACUCCGCUCAGAAUCGUUUUUUCAUUAGCAACGGUUUAUUGUUGCUUACAUAUAUAUAUAUAUAUAUAUAUAAAAUUUCCCCUUUACUACCUUGACAACUUAUCACCCACAACAGUGGCCCACCUACGUGUAAAAGUGCCCAGUGUUUAUUUUAGUUUUCAUUUGGUUUAACGCGGAUUGAAUCGUAUGAUUGGAAAUGCUUGCAAAUUUAAUACAAGAUUCAUUGUGAAUUUAACUUAAUGGUAAAAAGUACUUAAUGCAAUAGUUUUUUGUUUAUACGUUUUACGAUCUUAAAACUCUGAAAUUAGCAUUUAAAAAUAUGUUUAACCGAAUUUCGCUCAGGAUCGUUUUUGGCCAGCGGUUUAUUGGUUUAUCAUUGCACACAGAUAUAGAUUAAAUAAUUUUAUGUAUCCUAAUUUUUCAACAAAAAUAGUCGCACACACAUCGGCAGUAUCUGCACUUUUUUUGUUAUUUACAUUUUUCGAAUUAUUAGAUCAUUAGAUAGAUGUAUAUUGUUUCAGCGGUGAAAUUCACGAUCGGCUAUCGUUGUUGGACAAUCACAUCAAACAAAAUCUAUCCUUAAACACGUCGUGGACGCAAUUGUUCGACGAUUGUUACCGUUACGUGUUGGAAUAUUUCACGAAAAUUCUCCAACAUUACAAUUGUCCAGCAGACAUAUUGGAGACUUUUCACGUUACGGGGCAGUAUGAAUUGUUUAGGGAAUUAGUCAGAUUUUGUGUACAGGUACUGGUCGACACGAACUCAUUUUUAGGAUAUCGCGAGAGCUCUACGUCUUCAAACGAGAGCACUACAGAUUUCAGUUCAGCUUCGUGCAGCAGUCAAGCAUGA